AUGGCGCCGGCAGGGUUCGACACCACCACCACCCCUACCACCCCCACAGUCAUCAUCUUAUUCGUCGUCAUAUUGAUUUCGUUCGACGUCGUUUUCUUGUCCUGCGCUGUAGUUGUUUCGGACGAUCCGAACAAGUUCAUUCUCCGGCCACCACACGGCGGCGGUAACCGCAACACGAUGUUCCUCCCUCUCUUUUUCUCUCCUCCCAACUCCUCCCGAGUCUCCCCUGCCAAUUUAGAGUUAAGAAAUUCUCGUCGACACCUCCAGAAAUUUGAGUCUCGCCGGCCAAAUGCUCGCAUGGAACUUCACGACGAUCUCCUCCUGAACGGGUACUACACUACUCGGCUUUGGAUCGGAACUCCGCCGCAGAUAUUCGCUCUGAUCGUUGAUACGGGGAGUACUGUAACGUAUGUACCGUGCUCGACGUGCAAACGGUGUGGUAGACAUCAGGUUAUCACCUUAAUUUCAAUGUCUCUUCAGCUUUGUGCUGUUUCCCACAUCGAUUCACUCCGUUCCCUAAUACCUAAUAUAGCACUUUGUUUUUUUCUUACACUUGAUGAAUCCACUUCAUCAAAACAGCAAAAAAAUUAG